UCAUCCACUUACUUUGGGCCUGCGCGAUGCAGGCCGAGAGAAAAGGAGGGGCAAGAUGGCGGCGGCUGCGGCCGGUGUGGGCAGGCUAGAGGAGGAGGCCCUGCGUCGAAAGGAACGACUAAAGGCCCUGCGGGAGAAAACAGGGCGCAAGGACAAGGAUGACGGGGAGCCCGGGACCAAGCAGCUCAGAGAGGAGCAGCAGGAGGGUGAGAAACACAGGGAGCUCAGGCUGCGGAACUAUGUCCCGGAGGAUGAAGACCUGAAGAGGAGGCGGGUGCCCCAGGCCAAACCAGUGGCAGUGGAAGAGAAGGUGAAGGAGCAGCUGGAGGCCGCCAAGCCUGAGCCGGUGAUCGAGGAAGUGGACCUGGCCAACCUCGCGCCUCGGAAGCCUGACUGGGACCUCAAGAGAGAUGUGGCCAAAAAGCUGGAGAAGCUGGAGAAGCGGACACAGAGGGCCAUCGCAGAGCUGAUCC